UGUUUGGUGUCGGACAAGGAGAAAUAAAUUAAUGCGUUAAAUUAUUUUCUUUACUAAAUGGAGCAAUGAACAUUAGGAUUGUGUAGAUUUAAUUGUUAUAUUUAUAAACCUUUUUGUGUUAUUGAUUCACUACAUAUGAUAAAUGGAUGAAAAAACGUUUGUGUGGACUCCGGAGCUCACUCUUAAACUUUUUGAGCUACGUUUUGAACAUGAAUGGUUGUUUAAGAAGAAAAAACAACCUUGGCUACAAUUUCGUAAUAUAUUAAUCAAGAAUGGAUUUCCCGAAGAAAUAACCAUAGGCCAUGUAAGAAAAAAGUGGGGAUAUACAUAUGAUGCUUAUAAGAUAGCAAAGAAAGUUAAAAAUAAGGAAUGGAAGUAUUAUAAGUUAUUCGAUAAGCACUUUGGUAAGACCAAAGUCUUAGAUAAGUAUGAAUCUUGGAGUGAUGAAUGGCGAUUGAAGCUGAUCAUCUGUAUAACUGAGGCAAGGCAGAUGAAGUUUGACAAUUUUAAUAUGUGGAGGACUGUAGAACAUGCAAUGAGAUGUCAAGACUUGCCGUUGGAUUGCUGUGUACAUGAUAUGAAAGGGCUCUGGCAGCACUUAAAGAUUACAUUCAAUAGAAAACACAGAUUAAAAAUCAAAAAAGGUGAAGGAGGUGCGCGUGAAUGGCCGUUAUAUGAACAAAUGUUAGAAUAUUAUAAAAAAGUAGAUCCCAGUUAUGUAGAGCGACUGGAGACAUUGCCCCCUAAAGAAUUAUUCCGAUCUGGCAUCAGUAGAGGAGAAUUUAAAAGGAAUAUGGGUAAAACAACGCAAUCGGAUUUUCAAUGGUCUAAGGAUAUAACGGAAUCUUUUAUUCAAAUAAGGCUGCAAAAUGAUUGGAUUUUUCGAGAGCAAAAAUGGGCUUGGAAUAAAAUGCGGACGUUGUUGGUUGAAGAAAAUGGAUUUCCGAGUGUUAUAACCAGCAGAGAUCUGUCUAGGAAGUGGGCUUGUACAUUUGCAGAUUAUCAAAAGGCGAAGGCAACAAAUAAUAAAACGUGGCUGUAUUAUUCUCUAUUUGAGUUGUAUUUGGGAGAAGGAAGUCUUAGUCUGAACCCACUUACUGGAUGGCAGGAGGAAUGGAUUCUGAAUUUGAUAAAAAUAAGAUCAGACUUGGAUCAUAUAUUUUCCGUGGAUUCAAAAAACGAAAAUCAUCCAUGGAGGGAAGUUGAGAAGGCGUUGCGAAGUAUGGGUCUACCACUUGACCACAGUUUGCUGGACUUGCCGGAGAUUUGGGCACAUUUACUCAAAUCUUUCAAGUGGAAACAAAAAUUCCUCAACAAGGGCAUACUCAACGAACAUUGGCCGUACUACAACGCUAUGGCCAGCUACAUGCAAACACAUGAAAAGAUUAAAGAGAAACAAGAAAAUGAUUUCGAUUAUGCAGAUGAUGAUUAUGAAGAUGAUAUGAAACUAAUUGAUGUUAAAAAAUUAAUAAAACCAAAAUGUGAAUAUUUAGAUGUAAACUUGUGUCGUUCCUGUUCAAAUGAGGAAGGUUGUGUGGAUCUUUUUGAACAUUGCGAUGAAGAUGGCGUGGAUUUGGCUUCGAAGUUACGGCUUAUUGGUGGUAUUGAGGUGGAUCAAACCGAUACAUUACCACAUAGUAUAUGCCUUCACUGUAUGCAAGAAUUGGAAACAGCGUACAAUUUUAGACGGAAAUGUCAGGACGUAGAUAAGCAAAUGCGAGGAAAAGUUGAAAAGACUGUUAAAAUUGAAAUUUCCCUAGAAAAUAAUAUUGAAAAUAAUAAUGACGAUUAUGACGACACUCACAACAAUAUGGAAUUCGAUGUACCAAUAGAAAACGAGAACGCACAAGAGAAACUGAACCCGGCGAAAGAAAAACCAAUGAAAAUCAAGAAAAAGUAUCCAAAAUACGAUUAUUGGAAGGUGUGUGAAGUGUGCGGCAAGAACACACGCAAUCUCGUCAGCCAUCUUGAUUCGCACGCAACAGAAAAGCUAUACUCUUGCGAGAUAUGUAACAAGAAGUUUAAGUUCAAAAGCGGGCUCAUCAUACACAAAGCUGUACACGACCCGACUCCGAAGAAAACGUGCGAAGUGUGCGGAAAGACAUUCCAUAUUUUGGCGCAGUAUCGACGCCAUUUUCAAUAUCACGCGAACGAAAGGAAAUUCGAGUGUGAGACGUGCGGGAAGAGGUUUAAUUCGGCGGAUAUUUUGCGGGUUCACGCUCGGUCGCACACGGACGAGCGGCCAUUUUCUUGUCCGGAGUGCGGCAAAACGUUCCGUACUGCUGGUUGUGUGAGUCGGCAUAGACGAAUUGUGCACCACAUACGUAAAUCUAAAGUUAAAGGACAAGAGUAAAUGCAAUAUGAAAGUUAUAUAGUGCGUAAGGAUAUUUGUUAUUGUGAAUUUUGUAUUAAAAUUUUAUCAUAUUUCA